AUGUUGAGUUGUACAGCUACAGUGGCGUUGUUGCUGACAAGCGCAAAUGCCUUGGUUCGUCCGGAUGAAGUGGGGAGGCUGCCAGCUCUCGGAUGGAACUCGUGGAAUGCAUACGGCUGCGAUGUGGACGAGACAAAGAUUGUGGAAGCUGCUAGUAACAUCAACUCGACCGGCCUGCAGGCAUUGGGUUACGAAUAUGUCAAUAUUGACGAUUGCUGGUCGGUUCAAUCUGGCCGCGACAAUGUCACUCAUCGCAUUAUCCCGGACCCCGAGAAGUUCCCGAGUGGAAUUAAUGGCACUGCCAAACAGAUCCAUGACUUUGGUCUGAAGCUCGGUAUCUACAGCAGUGCUGGAACGGAGACAUGUGCCGGGUACCCGGCGAGUAUCGGAUACGAGGACAUAGAUGCCCAGGCAUUCGCUGAAUGGGGCGUUGACUCCAUCUGGGACGAUGAGUACAAUGCCUGCGUGCCUGACAGCGACUUCCCCGGCGUGAAUCCAGAUGGCACAUGUCCAGACCUAGAAGAUCCUGCUCCUCCUGGCUACGACUGGGCCACAUCAAACACCACAAAGCGAUAUAACCGCAUGAGAGAUGCUCUAGUCGCAGUUCAGGACACCAGGGUCAUCCUGUUCUCGCUCUGCGAAUGGGGCAAUGCAGAUGUCGUCUCUUGGGGAAAUGGAACUGGUAACUCAUGGCGUGUAUCUGGAGAUAUCAACGCAACAUGGGACCGAAUCACAGCAAUAGCCAAUCUCAAUGCUCAUGAGCUCGACAGUGUCGAUUUCUUUGGCUUUAACGAUCCAGACAUGCUCGAGGUUGGCAACGGAAAUCUGACAAUCGAAGAAAACCGGUCUCAUUACGCUCUAUGGGCAAUUAUGAAGUCGCCACUGAUCAUUGGAACGGACUUAUCCACCUUGCCAGACUCUCACCUCUCCAUUCUGAAGAAUGCCGACCUUAUCGCUUUCAACCAAGACCCUGUCAUUGGCAAGCCCGCAUUUCCUUAUAAAGACGGUUAUGCUAAUGGCACCUGGAACCCCCAACAUCCACCAGAAUACUGGUCCGGAUCGACCUCAUACGGCUGGGACUUGGUCUUGCUUCUAAACUCUCAAAAUGUGUCUGCCACCAGAACCGCGGUCUGGUCUGAGAUCCCACAACUUCAUGGGAAGGCACACAAGGUCGAGGAUGUCUGGACUGGGAAAGACCUAGGUUGUAUCAAGGACGAGUACAGCGUUGAGUUGCAAGCGCAUGACGUUGCAGUGUUUAAAAUCACGGGCACUUGCUGA